GGCUCAGGCUUUAUUUCAAACUCCCUCCUCUGCCACAAACACAACAUGAUGCCAUGUGCCGGCAUGGACUCACACUUGUGCAGCUUUUUAGGCGCGUAAUUGUUGCCUGCGAGAUUUUUGUUUAUUUACUUUCAUUUAUUUUCGUGAUUUUCAUAUGGGAACCAGAAGAAUCGCUUGACUUUUUACACCUUUUAUCAUCAGAAGGCAUCUGGCGCAGAAUAUUUCUGCUAGAGGGAGGAAAAUUUCAACUUGGAUCGAAGAAGCAACCAAACCCUGUCUCAAGUCUGAGUUAAGACUGAAGUGAUGCUGGGUAAUGAAGGAGAGAGCAGCACCUUCUCCUCCACCAAGGAAGCAGCGGGUGAGAGGUGUAAAUCUCCGGCUGUGGACGGAGACGACCCUGCAGCUGGCAGCAGGUACGCAGAGCACGGGAUGGCUGCUGACCGCUACUACAUCCCUCCGAGUGUCUCCAAACAGAGCCCAGAAACUCCAAACCCCUGCUCUUUUAUCCCCUACACACCCAGUGGGGCGGUUUACAGCCCUUCCGGCGCAGGCAGGUACCCCUCAUCCAUCCACCUGGGCUCAGUGUUGCCCCCCGCGGGAUUUUCUCCCUCCACAGCCGGCCGCAGUCACUUCAGCUCGGCGUAUCAACUCGGACAAGGCCCCGGCUGCAUCUAUCCUUCAUACACCGGCUCAGGGUCCGCUCUCAGUAACAUAACUUUAUCUGCAGGCGGCCCCGGGAUGAGGGCCCAAGUUUAUCUCUGCAACCGGCCCCUGUGGCUCAAGUUCCACCGGCAUCAGACUGAGAUGAUCAUCACAAAACAGGGCAGACGGAUGUUCCCCUUCCUCAGUUUUAACAUCGCUGGUUUGAACCUGACAUCACACUAUAAUGUGUUUGUGGAGGUGGUGCUGGCGGAUCCAAAUCACUGGAGGUUUCAAGGUGGCAAGUGGGUCACCUGUGGGAAGGCAGACAACAGUAGCCAAGGGAACAAAGUCUACAUCCACCCGGAGUCUCCAAACACAGGAGCGCACUGGAUGCGACAAGAAAUCUCUUUCAGCAAACUGAAACUCACCAACAACAAAGGGAACACUCACAGUACUUCACAGAUGAUCGUCCUGCAGUCGCUACACAAGUAUCAGCCGAGGCUGCACAUCGUGGAGGUGACAGAGGACGGCGUGGAGGAUAUCAGCAGUGACAUGAAAACUCAGAGCUUCACCUUCCCAGAGACCCAGUUUAUAGCUGUCACUGCCUACCAGAACACUGAUAUUACACAGCUGAAAAUUGAUCACAACCCAUUUGCCAAAGGAUUCAGAGAUAAUUAUGACUCGAUGUACACGGCUCCAGAGAACGACCGCCUCACCCCCUCUCCCACCGACUCUCCCCGUGCGCACCAAAUUGUCCCCAGCACCCGCUACACAAUGCAGCCCCUCUUCCAGGAUCAGUUUGUCAACAACCUCCCCCAGCACCGUUUCUACAACAGCGAGAGAGCCGUGCCGCAGACUAACAACCUCCUCUCACCUCAGCCUGAAGAUGGAGCGUCACAGAGGUGGUUUGUCACCUCCAUGCAGCAAGGAGGAAACAGCACAAGCACCAGCAACAAGCUCGAUCUCACACCAUAUGAGGGGGAAUACUCGAGCUCCCUGCUGCCUUAUGGUAUCAAAUCUCUGUCCAUGCAAACAUCCCACGCUCUCAGCUACUACCCAGACUCUCCUUUCACCACCAUGUCUGCAGGGUGGGGGUCUAGAGCAGCCUACCAGAGGAAGGUUACCCCCAGCCUUCCUUGGUCCCCUAGACCCAGUCCUACUGCUGGUUUCCCUGAGGACUCAAACAAAGUGAAGGUGCAGAUAGAGGAAGAGGUAAACGGCAGCGGAGGCCUGAUCUCCUCCUGGACAGAGACACAGGCGUCAGCUCUGUCUCUAGACAAAGCUGAUUCUUAUUCUUCAACCUGCAAACGAAGGCGCUUGUCUCUGAACGGCCCCAGCACUGAGGACUUGCCCACUGACAUCAAAUGUGAGGACUUGGCACCUGCUGCAGCCAACAGCAGUGGCUCCUAUGGCAAAGAAGCCCCUUCAUCCAAAGGCAUGGCAGCUUACUAUUCCUUUUACACAAACCCUUGAGUGCUUUUUCCUCUUAAAUGCUUCAUUAAUCAUUUGCAAACUCUGUUGACCUUCAUCUGCCACCAUGAAAAAGAACAUUUAUUUGCUUUUUGCCAUGUGCACAAUCAGAAUUUCUAUGGUAAUUUUUUCCUUUUUUUGUAAUAAAAAAAGUUCAUUUCAAGGGUGCAUCAAACAAUGACACCAAAAUCAAUGUGUGUGGAAUGAUAAGCAUUAACAUCCUGUGAAAUGGCUUUUAUAUCUAUUCAAUCCAUUUGUCUUUAUACACAGCCUUCUAUUUGAAAGUGCCAAAGCAUUAGUUUUUAGGUUUCACCACUUUAAAAAAGGUUUAUGUCUGUUUUUGUGAGUACAUUGCUGUAUCUGCCUUUAAACCAAGGCUACAUGUUUACAGAUUAUUUAUUAAAGGUCUGUUGAUAUAAAACUUGUGCACUCCUGAAUGUGAGGUUAAUAUGAUGU